AAGACCGAAUUAAUCAAACACAUUUUUCAGUGUGAAUUUCAUUUUUCAUUGGUGAAAAAUAAGCCAUGGAAUCAGAACACUAUCUCUCACACAGGAAACAUCAUUCCACAAUAUUUAAAUUAAUCUCUUCAUUUCUAUCACACCACAUAAACAUUUCACACACCAAACGUUCUUUGUCUUCCUCAAACACCUCUUCUUUGUGACAUUUCAUCAAACACAUUCUAUUCAUGGCUCCACCUGCUAUAUCCUAUCGUCAUCUACAUGGAUUCAAACAUGCGAUUAUAAUCACUGUAGUUUUCAUCCUUUUCCUCUCGAUGUUACCUUCUAAAUCAGGUGGAUCAGUCAUAGGGUCAAAGCCUCCAACUUGUUUAAACAAGUGCAUGAAUUGUAAGCCUUGCAUGGCAACAUUGGUAGUUCCAAAUAAUCAAAAAAGAAUAAAGGGUAGAAUCUUAGAGUCAUUUCGUGGGGAUCAAGAUGAUGAUGAUACCUAUUACCUUCUCACAUGGAAAUGUCAAUGUGGAAAUAAGUUGUUUCAACCUUGAUUCAAUAUUAUUCAUAGCAACACUAUUUGUCACAAAUUAUUAUUCCUAUAUAUAUUUAUGAAUCAAGAAAGGUAUGCUUGGUUGAGGACAGGUGAGGUUAAAAAUUGUUUUUUACUAUGUAUAACAAUAAAGAAAUUAAGCUUCUUGUUCAAAUUUAAUUAUAUAUGUCUUAACUUUUUUUUUAUUUGUGAUU